CGGAGUCUUAGUGUGCGGUGUAGCCUGCACGGUGGCGGGUGUAAGGACUUGACACCGUAACACACCCACAACAUCUAGUUGACCUUCCGUCACAUAUCUGUCGUGGAAGUGCUUCGAGGGCAACCGUCGAGGAGGAAUGGGAAGGGAGGAGAGGCGACUGGUGGAAUGCCUCUGAGGUGGAGCAGGAGUAGCGAGUGGCGGCCGGAGCAAGGUGGGAAAAGUGAGCCGGGGAUGACCAGGGAGCUUUAUUAGACUGCAGUGGUUUCGGUGGAACGGCGCGAGAGAGAGAGAGAGAGAGCGAGAGGGCCAGGUGCAGGAGCCUCCAGCAGGCAUUGACGCUUUGUCGAUCCAAUGUCAGCAGACUUAAGAGGGAGAAAAGGAACAAAGUCUCAUUCUUCCGGGUGAUUCUUUCUCUCGGAAGUCUCUCUUCUCUCUAUCUCGCAUAGUUGGAAAGGAUCACGCCUACGGCAAUCCCCUUUCGAACAUCCUCCACGCCCAAAGUAUCCAAUGCAGUCUGGUAAGGUGGCAGAAUCUCUUUCUAAAUUCCAGAUGAUUUGAAAUGAUCGCUUAAGAGUGAUAUACGAAAGACAGAAAAUCGAAAGAAAGCGGGACAGAGCGCAUCCUGCGACUGGCGCGACUUGUCCAAUGAUCGUGGAAAGAGUCGAAGAACUACUUGUUAUCAUCAUCUUGGGUCAUGAACUACUUCUGCGCGGUCCAAGGGCGAAGCGCUGUGGAGGACAGACAGGCAUGAUGUUCUUGGGAAGGAAUUUGCAAUGGCCCAAAUUUGCGAAUCUCUCUCAGCGUGACGGCUGUCCGGCUGAGGGUCAGGCCAUGGAUUGAAUGUCUUAGGCGACACCGUGUCAGUAAAAUCCUUCGAUCUUUGUUAGGCGAUGCUAUGCUACCCGUAACCCAAGUACUCGAUUAAAAGACAGAGAGAGAUAGAAAAAAAAAGUCCCUUUUAGAAUCGACUGAAGCGAAAAAUUGUCCCCCGAAGCACUUUUCGGAAAGCUCAUGAAUCCGCGGGUCAUAGUAAAUUAUUUCGGCCGUUGCUACGAUGAAAACAACAAACAACAAAGGCCCAAUAGGAUCGAUCCAAGCGCUAUAUAUAUACAUAUAUCUAUCAUCCUGGCCAACUCUUGUCAUGUCUGUGCAUAGAUAGUUACUGAGAAAGUUUUAUUGCCUUGAAUGUUUCGGGUGCCCAUCGCGCUCAUUCCAUAGAAAUAGGUCAUCGCUUAAGGCUGCCCCUUGACCGGCAAAAAUCUUCGCCCGCUCACAAGUCAGACCUUCCAUCCGUCAUUCUGUUUCUCUCUCUCGCGCUCUCUCUCCCUCUUAGCCUUUUCUGCCUUCUCCGUGCUCUUGUCGGAAUUAUAUUGCACCUUAUACUAGACCAGACGCUGUUUAUCGAGAAUUCCUGCCUGACUGCUACGUCGUCAUUAUCCUUAGGAGGCGAACGAAGACUCUUGAGUUCCUGAUCCCCGUCAAAAUACUGUAAAAAUGUCUCCGUUAUCAAAUACUCACUGAAUAGUUUUGCCGCUAUUAACAGCCUUUCCGCCAUCUUCCUUCAUGUUUGCCUUGUUACGUAGAUAAGCAAUUGCCUGUACUCGCGCCUUACUGAUUAUUGCUGCCUAGAGAGUAGCAUCUGCCUCGGCAUUGUCUCUUCCGAACGAAGCAAGCAAAAAAGAAAGCAGUGCCUUAGUUACGUGUAAUCACGAGAGACAGUGCCUGAAGGAAGAGAGAGAGAAAAACGCAAGUCCUUUUGCCAAGAAGAAUAUUUUUUUGCUUCCUGUGUGAGUCGUCCCCUUUCUCCAAAGCCAACGUACAAAGGAUCCUCACUCGUAGGAUAUAGGCAACAGUCGCGCUCGGUGGUGGGACUUUGUGCGUGUGUACAUACAUAGCGUCACGGAAAUUACCGUGGCUUUUAUUCUAGUGUUCAUCAGUUCGAUGUUUUAUUUACCGGUUUGGUGUGACUUGUUAGCUGUAGUCUCUCCUGUAAAUGGAAAUGUAUUGCGUCACUGCAGUUUAAACGUGAUCUUUGUUAAAUACGAAGUUAAAAAGUAUUAGUGAUAAGUAUUGAAAGAGGAGAUGAUGCUCUCCAUCUUGAUUGCCGCAAUAGUAUAUAGUAAAUAGCCAUUCUGCUCAAGCUUCAGGUUUUCCGACAAAUGUUACAAAAGGUGCAGUGUUCAUAAAAUUGAAAAUGAAAGAACUGCAAACUGAAGUUGCGUGUUGAGAAACGAGAAAUUUGAUGAUUGUGGGGAAGAAGGGCGCUGCGAGUUUCGAGAAGUCAAGACUAGAAAAGAAUAGAACAUACACAAUAUCUUUUGGACAAAUCGUUCCACAAUAGUGUCAAGCAAGGUCAACAUCGGUGUGCGCGGCUAUUAGGUCAGUGUUUGACAGGUGGAGGAAGACAAGCUGGUUCGCCUUCUGCCAAGAGCAAAAUCCAAUCAAUUGCAGCGCCAGAAAUUCUGCGAAGGGAAGCAAUCCAGCCGCAUUGAUUUCUCGCCUCCCACACUGCUAGUCAAUCUAUAAAGAACGUUGCCUCCUUAUGGGCCAAAAACUGUGUUAGAAAACAAAGAUAAACUAAAACAACUCAUCGAGUGAGUACAAUGAAAUGAAGUACUUGGGACAAAGAAUUCCCUGGUAACCUUUGAGCAUAUCAGUAUUCUUAUGGAGACUGGAGACUUCUAUGACAGAAGAAAUGAAUAGUGAUAAAAAUAUGUGCUGUGAGUUUAACAAUUAGUGUGAUUUGAGGUCAUGCAAAGGGCUUUCACAAACAUAAGACCUCGGAAACCUCUUAACGGAAUUCUAUGAAAUACAGAACAUUUUAUAUGCUAAAGUAGUGCGCAAAAGACAUAUUAACGAAAACUUCGAAAGGUGAAAAAGAAAAUAAGCAAUGACUGCAUGAGGUCCCCUGAAUAUGAAAAAUUCAAGCAGUUGAAUUGUUAUUGUUCGACAUGAACCUCGCCGUGGAUGGCAUGAUGUUUCCUCCGUACAUAUUUACUUUGCCAAGUAACGCUGGUUAACUUUUCCCAAGUGUAGGUGCGUAGGGCCGUUGGGACAAAAUGCCUGGAAAUUCAAGGGGGAGAAAACUUCAUAAAUCCUGUUAGUUUAUACUACCGUUUUUUUACCUAUAGAUUAAUUCAUCUGUAGAGAACUAAACUUUGUCGAUCUAUUUAGAGGUACUUAAUCAUUCCGAGAACUUCGUAGAGCUGACCGAUGACUACUAUAGGCAAAAUAUUAACAUUUCUCAUUCGGCUUAUUGUUUUAAGACAUUGGAAGUGAUCGGUAAUAGUGCAUAAUACAUUGAAUUCGCUUAUAUGAAGCAAAACAAUAAUAUCCAAAGUUGAUAACUCGCUUCAGCCUCAACUUUCAAUUUACUAGACAAAUACUCAUACCUACCUAUAUAUACGCGUAUCCUUUUCUGGACGUUUGUAACUAAGAGCUAAUCAAUUUAAUGACCAUGUCAUAGCAAUCUGCAGCUGCGAGGCCUGACGAGUUUUUCCCCAUACGUAGAGCUACUUGCAAAACGCCGUUUCAUCUGAUAGUUCCCCCUCGGGGAUUUAAAGCUGUAAAGCCCCAUCGACUGUGAUUGGUGUCUCGUUUAGGACCUAUAUUAAUGACUACCUUUCACCGAGGGGCAUCAAGUUAAUGGCCUUAUUAUUACAUGAUGGCAAAUAGCGCGCUGCUACGCUAAUUACAUCGUCUCAGCCUUUGACGGUAUAAUCGUUUUUUUUUCUUUUUUUAAGCACAGGAGUCAUUAUAAGCAACCGCUUUCUCUUGGAGGACUUGGUGGUGAUUUUUCCUUUCUUUUAUAAACGAUGUAGUAUUAAGGCGAAAAUUGUGAAGCCAUACAUCAGUAUUUUUGAAAAAUUUAUCGUAUUUCUUUUAUGAACCCCUCCCCCUCUUGUAUUUUUGUCAACCCGUUUACUAGUUGCUUCCUUGGAUGACCUAGUCCCCGGGUCUGGUUUAAAACUUGAUUUGGGGCCACUAUUUUCUGCGAACUUAUUCAUGGUCAAAUCAUUUAUAUUGGAUGUGUGUGCUACUUAGUGAUACUAAGGAAACGAAUUAUUUAGGGAGUUCGUUUAUGGUAUUUGGUCACCUAUUUGAACUUGAUGUUAUAGCUUUAUUUUGACGGUCUUUGUAGUUCAUAAUAAAAUUUGUAGUGUUGGGACAGUGAUAAUAAUGCAUUUUGAUGUGGACGAUAGGAUGUCAUUAAUCAAGAACCUUUUUUGGGAGAUCCAGCCAAGGCCGUUCGACUGGCUGUGUUAGCCAACUAACUGAGAGAACGAUCUCUCUUAGGGAAUCUAUCUAUCUAAUAAUCAUUCCACCUUUAAGAGGAAUAUAGCUACUUUUAUCUAGGUAACAGUUGCCCAAACUAGCUCUUGAUCUGUUGUCUUCGAUAGCGUGACUUAUUAGAGUUUGGAAAACUGGAUAGGGACGAGGAAGAACUUUUGGGCUGCUCCAAGAGCGGGAAGAAGAGGGUUGGGAGAGGGAGGGUGGUUGUGAUGAGUGAAGAGCAAAAUGGGCGUCGGUGGUGGGCGUGGGGCCGCCGAGGAGGAAGUGGAAGCCGUUGGAGGUACGACCUCAAGGAGGCUUAUUCCGAAGAAAAUGUCUCCUUAUAUCAGCCCGAGCCCACUCCAGAGGUCAAGAAGACCUCCACCUCAGACGAUCACUUGCUGGACAGAGAGGAUGACGAUGAGGGAGAGGACGAAGACGAAGAGGAGGAGGAGGAGGAGGAAGGCGGAAGAAGAGGGAAUGGCCAAGGCCAAGUCAGACGCUUCCCUUCUCGCCCUCGUCGUCAUCAUCACCGGCGGAAUCGUCGUUUGCGUACCCGUCGGGAGCAUAACCUUAACCAGCACCCGUUUUUCCAAUUCUACGACAGGGAAGCGAUACGGCCCCACUACGACGAUGAUUACGGACCGUUUGUUCAGUCGUUCGAGGAGGAGGAGGACGAGGAGGAGGGCAGGAGAGUGGAGGAGGGUAUUAGUGAGAUGGAGGAGGAGGAGGACGUCUCGGAGAACCUGUGGGAGACCUUGGCGUACAAGGGCGACUCUCAGGACUCCGAGGAAGGGGAGACCGAUGAGAAGGGCUUGUUCGAGAGCGAGACAGACGCCGAGAAUCUGGAGAGUGAGACCGAAGAUAAUAAGAAGAAAGUGGGCGGGGCCGUGCAAACAAUCGUUGAACGCUUGAGGGCUUGCGGUUUAAGACAUGGGCGUACUGUUGACCCCGAAUGGGUGGCCAGCGACGCCCAUUCGUGGACCUCCCUCGAUCUAAGAAAGUUUUUGUUGAAUAAAGCUCAGUUAGAAUGGGGCGGACCGUACGAUGCAAACGGGAACGAGAGGUAUGAAAUGAAAACGUGCGAUGACCCGACUACAGGAAGAGUCUCCAACGCCAAUUACCGGCGGCUGUCGCCGGCGUCGACGCCGUCAACACCACCAUCGCCACCACAUCAUCCGACUUUCCCUGGUGCCACGCGCCCUCGUGGGCCACGUAGGGGUAUUACUAGGAGGGCCAGGGGCACUGUUGCUUCAAUGCUCAGGGGUAGAUUUUCGCCCCGAAUGGGCGCCCCGAGGGGCUCUGUGCAGUUGGAACAUAUGAUCUCUCACCAACGCAAUUUAUCUCCAGAGCCUCGACCCCGUCUAUGGUCCUUACCGGCCAUCGUCGUCACCACUUCGGAGGAUCCGACGUUACCAUCUCCCCCUGGAGCCAGACACGGGCUAUCCGACAGCAUGAAUUAUCUCAAAGUGCCCGACAUCCAUAGCUUCCGUCACCGUCAGGAAGAAUCGCGGCCAACGGCCUCUCAGAAUGGGCCGGCCUCGAUGACACGGGGCGUUGACCCCGCUGAGGAGGAAAAGACCGUGAGUUCAGGUUUGGCCUCAGCCACGAAAUUGGGUUCCAUCAUGGAUCUGUGGCGGGGCAACUGGCAAGUGGAAGAGGAGGAAACCACGGACAAGGAUGGACGAAUGUACCCUAGAGGAUCCCCACCUCCAGACCCUAGGCCCCAGGCUGCUCCGGAGUACCUGAUCUAUGAAGAGUCCUUCAUGUAUGGCCGCUACUCGGCCAAUUUAGCAGAGUACGCCAGACAAGAAGCGAAGCGACUGCGGGACGAGGACCAAAACAAGGACGAGGUGUUGUUCUCCAAGGAACUCCAGCCGUACAGAGGGCGCGUUGCUAGAACAUGCAUCUCUUUCAUAAGACCGAUUUGGGACCAUACGUUUGCCCGCCUGGGGGAAGACUGGGUCUUCCUCUUCAUCCUGGGCACUGUCAUGGCCACGAUCUCCUUCAGUAUCGAUGCCAUCGUCCUUGUUUGUUUUGGAGGUCGUAUGUAUCUACAAACAUAUCUAGCUCCUAUCCACUGGGGUUUACAAUUGUUCUGCUGGGUAACCAUACCGACACUGCUAGUUAUAUUUUCUGCAGCCUUCUGCCAGUGGAUGGCGCCCUCAGCAGCCGGCUCGGGUAUACCCGAGAUGAAAACUGUACUGCGAGGGGUUGUACUGAAGGAGUACCUGACGUGGAAAACCCUUGUUGCCAAGAUGGUAAGUCUAGCAGCAGUGAUAGGGUCUGGGUUGCCUUUAGGCAAAGAAGGACCUGUGAUGCACAUGGCCAGUAUAGUUGCAACAAUGCUGACAAAGCUACUGCGCUUUGUUAAAGGAACUGUAGAAAAUGAUGCCAGGUCAACAGAUCUGCUGGCUGCCGCCUGCACGAUGGGUGUUGCCGUGUCGUAUGCCGCUCCAAUCGGAGGGGUUCUCUUCAGCAUAGAGGUAACAACUGUCUACUUUGCUGUGAGAAACUACUGGCGAGGUUUCUUUGCUGCUGUGGUGGGAGCCAUGUUCUACCGCCUCAUGUCAGUUUGGUUUAUGGGUGCAAAGACCAUCUCCCCGCUGUUUAAAGUGGAUCUUAACUUCGCCUACCCAUAUGAUGUCGUUGAGCUCCUCCCCUUCUUGUGUAUUGGUAUAAUGUGUGGCUUUGCUGGGUCCCUUUUUGUCUAUCUUCACCGGAGAUAUGUCAUGUUUAUGCGACAGAACAAAACUUUGAAGAAUUUCCUGCAAAAGAAACGUCUUCUCUACCCAACAUUCGUUGCCAUCAUUUUUUCUAUGAUGACGUUCCCCAUGUUUCUUGGCCAAUUCAUGGCUGCAACUGUACCAACCAGUGUACAGAUUAUGCAAUUGUUCAGUAAUGUGACUUGGACACAAACUGGUGAUGCCAACGUGCUGAGUAAAGAGCAAGAAAAGAUUCUGAAAGACUGGAUGCCAGAUGUAGAGGGAAGUUUCCACCUCAGUCUCUUUGUCUUCCAAAUUGUUACUGUUAUCCAAAUAGCAGUAUCAUCAACCUUGCCUUUGCCUUCUGGUAUGCUUAUUCCACUGUUCAAGGUAGGAGCAGCAUUUGGUCGCCAAAUUGGUGAGCUUAUGGUUUCUCUGUAUCCAGAGGGCCUCGCUACAGGGGCUCUUAUUGUACCAGGUGCUUACGCCAUGGUUGGCGCAGCCUCAUUUUGUGCCGCAAUCACCCACACUAUUUCUAUUUCUGUUAUAGUUUUUGAGUUGACUGGACAAAUUACUUAUGUUAUACCAAUUAUGAUUGGUGUAUUGAUAUCCAACUGUAUUUCAUCCCUUCUUCAACCAUCGAUAUACGACAGCAUGAUUCGUAUAAAGAAACUGCCAUACCUUCCAGAUAUCAUUGCUACCACAUCAGCUGAUGUAUACAAUAUCUAUGUUGAGGACAUUAUGGUGAGAGACGUUCAAUACAUUUGGUAUGGUAUCACUUAUGUGGAACUGAAGAAAGUAUUAAAAGAAAAUCGCAAACUGAAGUACCUUCCACUGGUAGAUAAGCCAGACUCGAUGAUUCUGCUUGGUUCCAUCCAGAGGAUUGAAUUAGUAAGAGUUUUAGUUCAACAGAUCUCUUCAGAGAAACGGCACAAAGAAGCUACUCGUAGACAUUUGGAGGCCCUAAGAAAAAGAUGGGAAGAAGAAGAUGCUGGCGAUUUCAAACAAAGUCGCAUCCGUUAUGAAGAUGAAGUGAAUGAUGAUUCUGGAGAUUCAUCUUCAACCCCUGGCUUGAUUCACAGAUUUUCAAGAUCACUCAGCAGGUCCUUCUCCAGGUCCCGAUCUGCUUCUAGAUCACGAUCCCGAUCUCGUUCUGUUUCACGAAGUCGUCAAGGAACCCCUUCAAGUGACAGCGAAGAUUCUUCUACCUCACCACCAGGAUCACCUGCAUCCACACGCUCUAAACGAGAUUCACUUACUCCGCCCAGUUCUCCCGGUGCAAAUCGUCUGAAGGAACUUUUCCCAUCCAAAUCUCCCCUGGCACGUAAACCAUCCAGAUUCUCAAUUACCAAGGUUGAAAAUGGAGGCUCCAAAACAGAAGAAGACAGUGAAGGCAAGAGUACCACUCCUGAGAAGGGCAAGAAGGGAGGGAAAUCACGAAAGAAACACACCUCUGGGAAAGAAAAGGAUCCAGUUAAAGAUCUGAGAAGAAGGGCUACUUUGAAGAGAUCAAAUUCUCUGGAUUCUUCUGGUUUCAGAAUAGUUGGUCAAGAGGGUAAUUCUACUACUGAUGGAAAAGAAGAGAAAGAUUCAAAGGCCCCUGAAUCAGUCACAUCUCCAAAGAAAGGCAUUUUGAAAAGAAGAAAUUCGUUUAGUUUAGGAUCUACAACAACUCCUGUAGCAUCUCCUCCAGAAACCCCCUAUCAAACAAUCACCGUUGGUGACACAAAAGAUGAAACAAGUACAGGAGAUGAGAGACCAACUUGUGAUAUUAGUGAGGAAGAAACAACAAUAGAAGUAACUAUAGAUGAUAGCAGGAGAAGCCAUGAAAUUAGGCUUCGUAGUGCCUUUGAGAAGGUGCGCAAGAUGAAAAUGGAAACAGCCAGCUCUAUGGAAUUUAAACUUUCCCAAAUCUCCUUAUUUAAGUCUAAGAAGAAAGAUAAUGCUCAGAAGAAACCUAUUCUGGAUCUAACAGAAGAAGAAAGAGCAGUUUGGGAACUCAAUGAACUAUCAAGAGAGGUGGACUUCACAAAAUGCCACAUAGAUCCAGCUCCAUUCCAGUUGGUGGAGAGGACAUCUCUUUUGCGUGUUCAUUCAAUGUUCUCUAUGUUGGGUAUUAAUCAUGCCUAUGUAACUGCAAUUGGGCGCUUGAUAGGUGUGGUUGCUCUAAAGGAACUUCGUAAUGCCAUUGAUGGACAGUACGUUGGUCAACCUCAUAGGACAGUAACACCACAAGUUAGUGCACCCAACACUCCGAUGUCACCAAUGAAUUCUUCAGCUGCUUCAAGUUCAUCACCUCAAAGACUUUCAAGCCUUAGUCCUAUUCAUUAUUCUGAUCCUGAAGCAGGGACAAUUUCCCAAAGGGGUUCAAGAACUCAUUUACUGAAUUACCCAAAUAGUUCAUCCCACAGCUGAGAAAAACUGGAACCUAGUGGGUGAGGUGAAUUAAGAUUUUGAUACACUACUGUGGUCUGUGAUCUUGUGAAUAGUGGUUGUUGUUGAUAUCUUCUCUUCAUAGAAAAUGAGGUAUCAAUUAUUGUUGAAUAUCACUGGUGCAUACUUUAGAGAUUUAAUCGUAUCUGAUAUGAUUAUGCACAAGGAGUACUGCGUACGUGAACUUGGUACGAAGAAGAAUUUUGCCUUGGAAAAUGUUACAAAGUUGUUGAUCUUCAUAGUUACAAGUUCAUUUGAAAUUGUAGUUGUCUUCUAGACAAUUGGCUUCCUAAGAUUUUAUUUUUUGGCAUUUUUAGAUUAAGAAUCUGACAACUUUUAAGACUGCAAUAUUGAGAAAAGAUAUCAUUCAUCCUACAAGUUUUAACGAUAUCGUAUCAUUUUCAUAUUAUUUAUACUUAUGAGCAGUUCUUUAUGACCUGGUUUCGUCAAUAGCAAAGAAAGUGCUGAUGCAUUUUUUUUAACCUGGGAAACUCUACAGGAAAACAGUUAUUUGUGAUUGAUGUAAGGCCUGAUGAGCAUUACCUCAAACCUUAUGGUGCAGAAUUUAUUUUCCUUAAAACGUAUUUUUAAUUAUUUUAAUACUCCCUCUAGAUAUGACUUAGGGAAGGACCAUGAAAUUCUGUGCAAUUACUACAUGGAUAACUUUGAUGCUUAUAUCUGUUUUGAGGAAAGCAAAACAUUUGGAUCGGAGAACAUGUUGUCGUACCCUUCCUUGAUACUGUAAAUGAUUAUUAACUGGGUGAAGAUCAGUUAUUAAUGAGAUUAUUGACUAUUUUUUCCUAUGUUCAUGAAUACUCAGAGACAACCAUGCAAUGAAGCCACUUACUCUACAUUGCCAUCUGUGCACAGUGCAACUUACUGUGUUAGUUUUCUUGUAAAAUUAACUUCGUUUUAACCUUUUAAUAUUUUUAAUAACAGCAUUCAGUUACAAACUAAAACUCAAAAUACCUUUUAGAUUUUUAUCUGGUAUCCACUUCACAAAUAUUUACCUAGGGUAUUAUUUUAGGUUGCAAAUAAUGCUUAUAUGCCUGUAUAGUUUUCUUGAAACAUUCAUACUUUAUAAUCUUGAGUUCCUACCACUUAUAUUUAAACUGACCUAUACCUGAUCACAAAAAACAUCAUCUGGAGUAGUAGAGAAUCAGGAAGUGUUCACAAUUGGGCUGUCACAAACAAUGGAAAUACAGUAAGAUAUUGUAUUGUUGAUUCUUGAUAUGCAGAGAAAGAAAUGUUUGUUAUGCAUUAAAUUAUUAUUAUUGGAGAUGAUUUUGCAUUUCAAGGCUAUUAUUGGUGAUGGAAAGCUUACUGUGAUACUUAACAGAGCAAUAUGUUAUGAUUACACGCAAUAUUUUUUACAAAUUGAAAUUGUAUAGAUGUUUAUUCAUUUUGCUCUCAAGGGGAUUCCAAGUAUUUUUUAUACUAAUUUAUAAAUCUUAUUUUUAAGAAAAAUUAAAGCCAUAUUUCAGUUAGCCCUUGUUUACUGGAGUUUAAUCUGAGAACAUAAUUGGCCUUUAAGAAGUAUUGAUUUGUAUUUUGAUGUCAUUUUAUUGAAAUGAAAUCACAAUCUAGGAAGUAUUUUAAUAUAUACCUAUUUGUAUUACAUACGAAUCUCAAUUUGUUAUUACAUGUGUAUUAUAUGC